GAUCAUUGCGAAACUACACAUGUUAAUCUAGAAGUUUUGUUUACGAUUAUUAUCGACAGGUUACACGUAUUUUCUUUGCGUAAAAUGGCCGAAGAGCUAGAGGAACUAGAGAGCCUUUUAUCAGAGCAUUUUGGCAGAACACCGUUGACUACACCCUGCAAUACCCAGGAAGAUGUUAGUAGCGACAGCGGUUCUGACCAAGACAUCGGGGAAAAUAGUAUAGUGAAGAGCCGUGUGCGAGACUUCCUUUACCAGGAUAGAGGUGCAAGUACUGGUGCAAAUGGUUGUUCGGAAGACAUUGAAAGGGAUGAAGAGCUUGAAUGGUCCGAUGAAGAUGAAGUCUGUGAUGAUUAUGUUGAACCAGAUUCUGACCGGCAGCAUGUUUAACUUUAUAAAUCUAGUAAAUGUUGUAGGUUAGCAUG